ACUUCACUUAUCCACCAUCACAUUUUCUCUCUUACUCGAUCCAAUCCCGCUUCGGAUAAUCCGAUGGCCACCGCUCCACUCCCACACUCCGCCACCACCUCGGCCGCCGGCCGCCACCUAUCCUCCACCAAGCCCCCUGCCUACAGCCUCCCCGUCGCAUUCACGUCACCGAGAGCCAACUCCAACAGGCCAGUAACUAAACUCCUUGUGUCCUCCUCCUCCUCCUCCUCCUCCCAAACCGCCGCCCAAGCCGGAGCCAAGCCGAAGGAGGAGACCAUCUUCUUCGACGGCGGGGCCCACUACGGCGACCUGGUGGCGAACCUCCUCCUCGGGUUCACGCUGCUGUGGCUGCCGCUGACGCUGGCGGCGGUGUCGCGGGCGUUCAACCUCCGGUACCGGUUCACGAACCUCCGGGUGACGGUGGUAUCGGGGCUGACGGGGCAGGACCGGAGCGACUUCUCGUAUGAGGUGAUCAAGGACGUCCAGGUGGUGCCGCGGUUCAUCGGCGAGUGGGGCGACAUCGUGAUAACGCUGAAAGACGGGACCAAGGUCGACCUCCGGAGCGUGCCCAAGUUCCGGGAGAUCGCCAGGUACUGCUUGGCCAUGGCCGAUAAGCCCGUCAUCUUGAAGGAGAAGGGCCCUAAAGGCUUUUAAGGUUUAACUCGACGUAUAAAAUUGACCUUUCUCUUGUUUUAUUCCAAGUAAUGUAAAUUUUUUGGCUAUAAUUAUUACGCAGAAAAUGGAACUUCUUUAACUCUUUUUUUCUUUUAUUGUCUAAUCCGGAUGAUGAUCAUGUGAAGUUGCUACUUUUUAUGUGACACAAAUUGUUCUUCCCCCUU